UUUUAGUUUUUCAUUUUCCUUCGUUGUGAAAACAUUGGCCGUUUGUGGCUGUGCUGUCCGUUAACAUUUGGACGCCACUUACACAAAGCUAUAAAAUUAUAAACAAAAGCCAAAAAUAGAAAUAUAACAAGCAGCAGCACCAAAAUUAUAUAUUAGCAGAUUCACGUCAGGGCAACACAACAAAUUCCACAGCCAACAUGGAGAAUAAAAGCGACAAGAUUACUGUCAACAAAGAGGAACUACGCAAACGUCUAACCCCGCUGCAGUAUCAGGUUACACAAGAAGCGGGCACCGAGCGCCCCUUUACAGGGUGUUACAACAAGCACUACGAGAAGGGGAUGUAUCAGUGCAUUGUCUGUCAUCAGGACUUGUUUAGCUCUGACACCAAGUACGAUUCCGGUUGUGGUUGGCCAGCGUUUAACGAUGUGGUCGAUAAGGGUAAAGUGACCUUGCAUCGGGAUGCCAGUAUACCAGUAGUCAUUUCAAAAACGUUAGGCAUGGUGCGCACUGAGGUGCGCUGCUCCAAGUGCUCGGCUCACAUGGGUCAUGUGUUCGAUGAUGGACCGCCACCGAAGCAUCGACGCUACUGCAUCAACUCAGCAUCGAUUGAUUUUGUGAAAAGUACAACUACAUCCACGACGACAUCGUCCAAGAAAUAAUAAUAUUUACUCUUGAUAUUAUUUACACAACUUAUUGAUAUUAUGGAUGUGGAUUAGUUACCGACAAAGAAACCCAUAAACAAAUUUUAUUGUGUUAAGUUUGACGUACAUUAUAGUAUGCCAAUUUGAGAAGAGUUUAUUUACAAGAUACUUACAUAAUUAUUAUUGCGCGGAAUGUGUGAUUUGAGGCCUGACAUAAAGUAUUAAUACCCCUAUGUAACGGAUAUUCCAUUUCUUACAAUGGAUCAGACCGAAUAAAUUUACUACAAUAUGUUUUAGUUAAUAUGUUUUUCUGCGAUUACUUGAUAACUCAUUUUUCAAUUGCGGUUUCAAUAUACAUAAUAUAUAACUUCAUUCAAGUGUAUCCAUAAAGCACGCACAAGCUUAUCGUCAUUAUUAUCUUAAGUUUUCUCAAACAUUCCUUCUCAUCCCUAUUUGGGUUAGGUACCAUGUACAUAAAUGUUGUAUGGAUGGAUUUACCAACAAAAAAAAAAACUUACUGAAACAAAUAGUUGGUCGCCUUGCUUACUCUUCUUAUUUCUAUUUAUUUAUUAUACUCCUAUUUGUGUUUUUAUUUGGUUCAACAAUUGCUCAUUUCGUUUUGUGUUGAUUAUUGCUUUUGCUUUUAUACAUUAUAUUUCAAUCUUAUUUGAAACAUUGCAAGACUAUUUGUAGCCGAUCCAUAUAUUGUCCAACAAACUGAAUAAUGUGUAUUUUUCGUAUAUUUUUCUAUUUCUCUUUUUUUAACUCGCUUCGAAAACAAAAACAAUACCAAUAUUUAAUGUAACUGUAAACGUUCUUGGGGGUUUGUUUUGCUAACAAAACACAAACACACACUCACACAUACACUCUCGAAAUCAUUGUUAAAAUAAUUACACAUACACCUGAUGCAUAAAAUGGCUUUUCUAACAACAAAAUAUUAUAUUAUAAUGUAUCGAAUUUCAUUACUUAUACAUUUUCAAUUUCAUCCUAUUUUUCAUUUUCUCAACUGACGCCAUCUCUUUCGUUUCUUUCCUUCGCUAUCGCACCUUUCGAACAUUGUCAUAUGACACAUUUGUUGUCUCGUUAUCUCGUUAUCUCGCUGUCUCUUGCACAAUUGCAUUUUUGCUGUUCUAUCUAUUUUUUUCUCUUUGCUUGGAUCAUUAUUUCUCUUAUGUUAUUUGUACGCUCUUGCAUUCAUAUCCUGUCACUGUCACUCUAUUCCUCUGCUUUUCAUUCCACUUGUUUUACCAUUUAUUUCUUAAACUAUUUGAUUUUUUUCUUAUAUCGAUUUGAACAAAUUGAAUGAAAUGCAAUUAUUCAACAAAUAUUGUAAAAACAAAACAAACAAACAACAAUGAAAACCUAAUGCAAUGCAAAAAUUCAAAAA